UAAGAAGGAAACUUGAACUGUGAGUUUUUAUUUUUGAAAAACGUAUUUAAUUUCAGCCUUAAUUAAAGUAUUCGAAACGUUACCACCACGGUAACAUACGAUAAAUAGUAUUAUGUGAUAAGCUGCCCGUGGCAAAACAAGUGGAGUGAGAAAGGCGUCUAUCAAACAUGGGCAACAUAUUCGCAAACCUCUUUAAAAUCUUCGGUAAGAAAGAGAUGAGAAUUCUUAUGGUGGGUCUUGAUGCUGCUGGAAAGACGACGAUUCUGUACAAGCUGAAGCUGGGGGAAAUUGUUACCACCAUCCCAACAAUCGGUUUUAAUGUGGAAACUGUGGAGUACAAGAAUAUAAGUUUCACGGUUUGGGACGUCGGUGGUCAAGAUAAGAUUCGACCAUUGUGGCGCCAUUAUUUCCAGAACACGCAAGGUCUGAUCUUUGUGGUUGACAGCAACGACAGAGAGCGUGUGAAUGAGGCGCGAGAGGAGCUGAUGAGGAUGUUGGCUGAGGAUGAGCUCAGGGAAGCAGUCCUGCUCGUGUUUGCCAACAAACAGGACCUACCGAACGCCAUGAACGCUGCGGAAAUCACGGACAAGCUGGGGCUGCAUUCGCUCCGGCACAGGAACUGGUACAUUCAGGCCACAUGCGCCACAAGCGGCGACGGCCUCUAUGAAGGACUCGACUGGUUGUCUAAUCAACUGAAAAACCAGAAAUAACGACCUCGCUGUACUGAUCUUCCUUAGUUCCAUAUUCUCAACACUUGCUUUACUCUCUUGUUUUUAAUCCAACGGUGCUGGAAGCUGCGCUCAUUUCAAACCCCAUUAACACGGAAGAAUAGUGCCCUACAGUCAAAGUGUUGCUCUCUCGUUUAAUGUAAAUAGUUUUUUGUUGUGAGGCAGCUUUUUGAGCACCAUUAUGCAAAAUAGAUUUAGUCUUCCGUCUGUCUUUUUUUCCGUUCUUACUGCCUGAGUCAUUGGAAAGAGUUUUAAGAACGUCGUUUCUGUAAACUCUGUCAGGUCUCAUUUGAAUCUUGCACAUGUAUUAUUUUAUUGUGCUUAUAAUAAGACUCUUUCUUAGACGUACUGUAAACAAAGCUGUUAUGUUUGUCUUGAACGGAGUACAGGAAAUCAAACAUUACAGACACUACCUGCACAUAUAACGGUUCAAUUUCGAGGAAAAGAAACCAAAAACGAUUACACUGUCUUCUCAGCAAAGGCUGAAGUGACCUCUAGCUUUACUGUCAUGAUGAUGCUUUAGGAGCCAUAGAGUUGUGAAGUCAGCAACACAAAGAUUUUUCUGUUAGGAGAUUCCCGAUACACAACAGAUGUUUUGUUGUGAGUAUGUGGGAGAAAUGUUGGCGUGGCUCAGGUUAAUCAAGGUUUGUAGUAGGGUGAAGUAAUACAUUCAGGCAUGUAAUGGUAAUAAGAAUUGUUUUUUUUUUAAAGAGGACUGGAGGUUGUUUCAUGAAAACAAUGUGACAAUAUGAAAAUGGAAUUGUUUUGCAAAAAUAGGUUUAAUUUUCUAAAUGCAAAAUAUUGUUUAUUUUAUUUAUGGGUGGUGAAAUGUGACCUGAACUUUUUUUUUUUUUUUUGAGAUUUACCCAGAAAGACAAACUGAAAGAUUGGUUUUAUGCACCUAGCGUUAAAUUUCAUGUUGUUUUGACACUCUGUUUAAGUGUUACUUUCUAUUUCUUAUUUUGGACUCCAAAUCUAACCACCACUUGGAAUAAACGACAGUCUCAUCUAACCACAUGCUACAACUUGAUCUCUAAAAAAAAAAAUCAUUUGUGCAUUUUUAUUGUUUUAGGACAUAACCUAAAAACAUAUCUCCAGAGUGUUGGCAUGUUAAUAUCAAUUGCUCUCUGUUGUGCACGUAGGCGUAAUUUUUCCCCAGACUAGCCGUGGUGCCUUUAUGACAAACAGAGACUUCCGUUUCAGAUUAAUCUUCAUGUUCAAUGUUAAACAAUGUUAGGGCUGAUGCUUUUAAAGUUACUUCAUUAUUUAUCUUUUUUUCUCUCUCCCAAUUAACCUCUAAUUUGGUAGACACUGAUUACUUUGGGUCGAAAUUAUGUGAAUCUCUUAGCAAAAUGUUGUAUAGUGUGACUCUUAACCUAUGUUUUUUUUUUUACAUUUUUCAUUUUGAAAGAAAUGCACUGUAAUUAAAGAUACUAGUAUAACUGGA